AUGCCCACCGCUCGCUCAGCCGUCGUGAGACCUGGUCGCAAGACCCGGAGCGGCUGCUUCACCUGCAAGUCCCGUCAUGUCAAAUGUGAUGAACAGAAACCGUCCUGUCUACGCUGCGUAGCCACGCAAAGGAUCUGCGAGGGCUACCCGGCCCCAGUUAGCCGCAACCUGUCCCCUGAUUGCCUGAGCGACGAAGAGCGCCGGGCCUUUUCGUAUUUUCGCAGCCGAACUGCCCAUCGGAUUUUUGGCCUUCGGGAUGCCAGCAAUUGGAUUUCCAUCCUUCUUCAGCUCGGCUAUAGUGAAGCACCGGUCAAGCAUGCCCUGACGGCGUUAGCUUCCUUCCAUGAAAGUCAAGAACCAGUCGAUGCCUGUGCUUCAAUUCGCAGAUCAGAAAAGCAGGCCCAGAUCAUGGCCCAGAUGCUGGCUCUGAAACAUUAUACGGCCGCAAUCAAAUCUAUUCAGACCGAGUCUCCUAACAUGUCAUCACGACCUGAUAUCACCAUGACCCUCUGUCUCCUUUUCAUCUGCUUCGAACAAUUUCGAAGCGGUGAUGCUGCAUGUUUACUCCAUCUCACAGCCGGGUUGAGACUGCUCUAUUGGUGGAGGUAUCGCACCAACGCCUACAACAAACUACAAGAGUAUUCUCGCCCCACCUUAGACUUUAUCAACAACCAAAUAACACCGACAUUCCAACGCUUACGGGUGCAAUUCUCUAUAUGUAUGGAUUCUCGCCACACAUUAAUUAACCUUGGCGUUCCGCUAUGUCUACCAUCUCCUAAAAUCCCUCCGUUAUAUCCUUCCCUCGAUUCUGCGCGGAACGAUUUUGAUCGAGAGAUGAAUUAUGUCUUUUCCUACCUCGAGCGGGAUCAGCAGAACUCAGAUGGCCAAUUACCAUCGCAACCUCCUAUCACCGUUUUACAUCUAUACUUCUAUACCUGUUCUAUUAUUGCCGAAACCUAUCAUUCGGAAUUUGAGGGUAUUUUCGAUCAUUAUACCGACCGUUUCCAAACCAUUGUCGACCUCGCCGAGAGCGUGACCGAGAUGUGGAAGAGAGAAUCGCAGGCAUUUAGCCUACUUUUUAGCUUCGAUCUUGGAAUCACACCCCCAAUGUUCCUCGCAGCCUCCCGCUGCCGUCAUCCCUUUAUCCGUAGGAAGGCUGUUUCCUUGAUGCUCCAGUCUCCAUUCUACCACGGUGCUUGGCAGGACAGAUAUUCGGGACUCUGUGCGCAGCGAAUGAUCGAGAUCGAAGAGCAAAAUGUCGGAAUCAUUGUAGAUCACAUCAAUGUAACUGAGAACCAACGGAUACGGAAGGUUUCCGCGGACCUUCAAGAGGAAGGAUCCCAAAUCAUGAUGCGAUUCAUUCGAUGGCCGUUCGCGCCAGAUUCUCCGGUAUGCACCACUUUUGUGCCGUUGGCAUCCUGA